GAAACAUCUCCUUUUGGCGCGACUUCAUUUGCCUACAUAUAAAGAAGCGCACUCCUUAAACCCUCUUUUAAACCCAUCCGUUGCGUUCCUCCCCUUACUCACACUCUCUUAUAAUGAAUGAACAGCCACGGCGAAACGGAGGCGGAGGCGGAGGCGGAGGCGGAGUUGGCGGCUCGCGCGGCCCACCGUUACAGCCACAGCAGCUAAAUGCUGAGAGUGAAAAUGUGCACCAAAACCCCAAUAUUCCAAUUCAAAACCCUAAUCUUGUGAAUUUUCCACUACAACAAAACCCUAAUCCUAGCAACUUCCAAUUUCAGUGUCCGCCACCUCCGCAGACUUCCUCAAGUGGUAAUAAUGCCGAGGGUGUUGAAAAUGUGCAACAAAACCCUGAGUUUCAAUUUCAGCAGCAACCUCCCUCAAAGUGAAAAAAAAAAGAAAUCUUUAGUUUCUGAAUUUAUUGAUAGAGUUAAUAAUGCUGUAAUUAAGGCACGUAAAGACCUAAUAGAGGCUGGUGAAAAUGUGUCCUCUUGGAAAGUUUCAGAAGCAGCUUUGGUUUUACUUAAAUCCGACUCUUGGGAUUGUUUGGGUUUCACAACUCUUAGAGCUCGCUCUCUCAAUAGCCUCAUGGUUACUGAGGCGAAGGAAUUAUCACAUUGUAUGAUUUGGAAGUAGCAAUAUGCAAGAAUGAGCGGGUUGAGCAUUUUGAAGAGUUGGAAUUGGGUCCGCUGGUGAAACACCCGCUUAUUAUCCAUUAUUUUUCUAUCAAUGCUGAUGUGUCAGAAGUUUUCAGAAUAACGAUCGAGGAGAUAACAUCCUUCCUUUCUAAGUUCAUGGAUGCUAAUAAAAGUAAAAAAGUAGAAAUAGAUGAAUUUUUGAAUUUCAUCGCCGAGAAGAAAUCUGCUGGAAGCAAAGAGAAGCUUUGUGUGCGGAUUCAGAGCUUUGGGUAUGUGGCAUAUUUUACUCGUACAAGAUUUUGUUUACUGCUCAACUAAAUAUUGUAGGAGAGAUUCAUUAUUGAAACCUAUUAUUGUUGUAAAAUUUUUGGUAGCCAAUGUGAAGAUAAGUUUAUACUUUGGCACAUAGAGGGUGCCUGCCUUUGCAAAAAGUUCACAAGACAAAAUUUAGAGCUGAAUUGUGGUACAGUGUAUGCUACUUGCGUGGUGGGAUUAUGUCACUGCUUAAAUUAGUGUCCAUGCCUGUAACUUGGUAGGGUUGAUCUUACCAAGUGGACCAUCUUGUUUUGGCUAAUGUUACUCAUAGUUAUCAACGUAAUACAUUACUCUGGCACUGCUUCUCUUCUAGGGAAUCGUGUGCUGCUCCUUUUGUUGCUCUUAGUGGGCAACAUGACAGGGAUACCACUACUCUUUAUGGGUAGUAUGUAUGGGUAGUAUGUAUUGUAUCCUACAAUACCAUUACUUUCUGAGGGCAACACUUACCAUCAUAGCAGCUCAAACUUCCUCCCCAGGCCUUUCUCAAAUAAUCUCUCGUAUAACUCUUAUUCUUUAUCAACAUAGCUUUGGUAAGGACGUGUGAGUGUGUGUGUUUAUAUGAAUUUUGCUAACUUGCUACAUGAGUAUAGUAGGGCACCCUCCCCAUUUUGUUUGAGAAGGUAAUAUAUUUGUAUAUUAAAAUAUAGACUGCAUAAAAAUUGUGAAGUCACCCAAGAUUUCAGAGGAAUAACAGGAAGACAAACUCCUAAUCCUUUGUCUUCGCUUAAGGAUUCUAAUACAUCAAAAAUAGAUUCAUGAUCUUCUAAUUACUUUCCUUUAAACCAUAAGUAAAAGAGAGCCAAGCACUUCAUUUUCAUCUUCUGAAUGUGGCUGGCUUUAUUUUCAAAACAUCUUUGAUUUCUUUCUUCCCAAACUGUCCACCAAAGCAGGGACAAUCUUCCAUCUCUCUUUAUGAGCAGACAAGUUACCCUCUCUAUUCCAACAUGCUAGAACUUCUGGUAUUCUUCUUGGCAUAGCCCACUUAAUAACCCUUAAGUUGAAGACUAUUCUCCAUAGUUGAACAGUCCACUUACAGUGUAAAAAGAGAUGUUUAUUGUCUCUGCCUCCUCUCCACGUAAGUAGCAUCUAAAACAUUAAAAAUAGCCUCUCUUGCUUAGAUUGUCCCGUGUCAAAACUGCUUCCGUUGCUAAUAGCCAUGUGAAGCAAGCUAUGUUAUAAGGAAUUUUAACUAUCCAAAUCAACUUCCAUGGCCAGCAUUCAACCUGAUUAUUGGAUCAGUUAAAUUCCUUAUAUGCUGAUUUGGCAGAGAACUUUCCUAGCUUAUUUCCUUGGCUAAUUUAUAAUUUGUUUAUAAGACUAGCAUUAUUUGGUGUUGAAUUCUUCAACGCGUUAUCAAUUUAUCAGUUCCACUUUAGCUUUGGUUUCACCACGGAGGAUAGAGAGAAGAAAAAGCAGAGGAAGAGAAGAAUGCUGGGUUGGUUUGUUUAGCAAAACGACAAAAAAUCCCCUCAUCAAUCUUGUUUAAUGUGCUGGCAAGGGUAUUUUAGAAAAUUAAAAUACAAUGGUAACUUACUACAUUCAUGUAGUUGGUUAGCAAAAUCCUGUAUACAUACAUAUUUUAAUAUGACAUAACUGAAACACUUUGUUCCUAAGGAACCAUAUAAAUAGGUAUAUCAUAAUCUUAGAAGUAUAACUUCAUCAAAAGCUUGAUGAAAUCUCAGAAGCUUUUUAUCGGCAGUAAUAUAGGCAUAUUUACUAUGAACUUGUCUUGCUAUACAAAUUCUAAUUCAGAAAGCAUUCAAAGCUCGUAAAAGCAUGAUGGUUGUGAAAAAUGAGGUUAUGAGUAAAACAUCACUUUCUCGAUUCCAAGCAUUAUCUGAAUUGUCUCUAAUUGAAUCAGCCACCUCUUUAAUUCUUCUUAAUAUAGGAAGAUAGUAUCAUAACAAGGGUGCACCUAAAGGUGUGGCCGUAAUGGUCAAUGAAUGAGAACCCUGAAGUCUCAGGGUCAAAUCCAAGCGGAGGCAAAAACACUAGGUGAUUUUUUCCAAUUUGUCUAAGCCUUGAUGGACAGAGUGCCUGAUACCUAUGCUGGCGGGAGGUAGCAGGUACCCGAUGGAAUUAGUUGAGGUGCAUGCAAGCUGGACUGGAAACCGCCAUUAUUAAAAAAUGUAUGACAAUUAAGGUGAAUUAAUCUCUUAGAAACAUGAUUUGGCUUCACCCUUAACUAAGGGUAAUGAGAUCAGCGAAAUGCUAACUUUCAACUAUGUGUUUGGGAGUUGAAGAAAUUAUCAUUUCUUGUAUCGUCAUUUAUUUGUUUUAUGGUUAUAUUUCAUUGUUUGCUUCCUCUCUUUGCAUGUUCUCCAAGGUCUUAAUUUCUGCUACCUUCUUGGGGUACUUUUUAGAUCAAUAGCACAUCUUAUUGCUCUAAUUGUAAAAUAAAGAUUAUGAUGUCCUUGUGACAGAGAUAGAUAAAUAAAUAAGAAGAGAAUAGUUAUUAUCUGAGAGAGAAUUUUUCAUUUUCUGAAAGAGGUGUAGUUAACCUUCAUAAAUGCCCAAUAGACUGCAAUCGAAUAUCUUAAAUAUUAGCUGGGGUAACAUGGACCACCAUGACAAUUUGGCAUGCAGUUAUAAUGUUUCUUUUGUUUUAUGUUAGAUAUUCUAUGAAAGGUUUUGUUCUCUGUAUUUUUAAUUUAGCAUUCACCUUUCUACGCCUGAGUGUGUGUGCAGAAUUUUAAGUUGGGUAUUGAGUUUCCUUCUUCUUUUAUUCCUUAAUUUUUCUAAACCAUGGCGAACUUUACCUUCCAGUUAAUUAUUGAACUUGCUGAAGUUUAGAUGUGAUUUCCUAUUUUGUUAGUAUAUUAGUUGAGAAUUGACAUGACUAGACUGUCAAGGAGCUUCCUCAUUCAGGACCUUUAUUCCCAUCUUUUGAAGAAGUAGGUACUUUUGUCACCUAUUAGUGUCACAUCAUUGAGUCCUUCGGUGUUGAAUUCUUGAGGAUUGGUAAAAUCUAGUUAAUCUUGCUGCUGCUGACUGAUUUUGGGACAUGUAAUAGUUGAUAUGGCUGUGGCAUUUAUGUUCUGUUUUCAGCAAAAUCUGAUCAUUCAUAUUCCUCAUCCAUGUUUCUUCCUUGUGCGUUUCAAGCUUCAGGAUGCAUAUUAAAUUUCUCAGGCAAGCAAGGCAGUUCAAAACUAGCUCCAUUAACAAAUAUAGUAUGAAAAAAGAAUCCAGCAAAUAUACCUGGAAUCGCUCUCUCCUAUCUUUGCACAGAAGAAGCAGUUGGAUGAGCAUUUCAAUGCCAUGUCUGAACGUAUCAAAUCAUUUACCUCAGCUGAGGAAAUUUUUUGUGGUAAGCACACAAGGUUUAUAUCAAUUUCAGAAUAUGAGAGCAGUGAUGAUGAUCAGGAUGAAAGUGCUGCACGAAGCCCAGCUGGAAACACCAAAAGUUUGGACAGACCAACCACCUGUCCUAACCUAUCAGCAUCUGAAGAAAUGAUGCGGCUGGGAUUGAAAGCUGAAGUUGAUCUUGGCUUACCUACUGCUAGUGGCAGUGCUGGAUACAGUAAGGAUAUUCGGCAAUCCAAGAGUAAAAGGAAACAUGAUGAUGCUCAGAGUUCCAUGGCUUUACCCAAAAAAGCACCCAAAAUAGAUGUGGAUCGGGCAGAGCUUUUUACUCGCAGGAAUAAAAAGGGAUUAAAACUUUCUCAGAGGUGGAAUGAAGAAUCCGACGGUACAAAUGAUUUUUCAAAUGGUGAUGAUUCAAUUAAGAUUUUCGUUAACACAUGGAGAGAGGCAUGUCGGACAAACGGUGUAGAUGAGGUUUUCCAGAGGAUGCUUCAGUUCUAUAAGGCAAGGAAGAAAACUAAAAUGACAAGAUUGUUUUCAUCAUAUCCAUUUUGUGGGUUGCUUCAAGUUGCUGUGAGAAGCGAAAAGUUGUUGACAGCUCUUGGUUUGAAAACACAAGUUACAGUUGAUGACACUUUAACAAUUCUUAAUGUUUGGAGAGCUAAAGCAUCUUUGAGUGCUAGUUUAUCACAAAUGUCAAAGUUCUAUGCUUUCAUCUGGAGUAGGAUGAAUACUUCAGAGAGAAAAGUUGUUGAAGAAUUAUGUAAUGGACCUUUUGUGUUUGUCCCUUGUAAGUUGGUUGCUUCACUUGAAGAUGUUAUACCUGGUGUUUUUUUGUCAUCUAAAGAAGUCUUUUGGCGUGAUUCAACUGGUUCGGUGGACCAAGUGAAGAUGGUCUGCCCGGAAUUUGACCCACAUUCAGUUCAGCACCCUUUCACCAAAAUGUUAUGUAGCAUGUAUCCCGCCCUUCAUGACUUUUUUGUGAAAGAAUGUGGAGUGGAUGAGCUCCCUCAUUUUCGUCGAUACCUUCAAAUAUUGCUGCAGUUGUCAGCUGCUGCUUUACCUUCACAAGCAGCUAAGAGUGUAUUCCAUAUAUUUCUCAAGUGGGUUAAUGAGCUAAAUUCAGGGUCUUUGAGAUCUGAAGAUAUUGGUUUCUUGAGGGAAGGUCUUUUGACCAAGGAUUAUCUGGUGCUUCCAACUGCAGAAGAUAAAUGGGUAUCUCUGGACCCAUCCUUUGGGCUCAUCUGUUGGUGUGAUGAUGAUAAGUUGAGAAAGGAAUUUAAGUAUUUUGACAAUAUUACGUUUCUCUACUUUGGGCAACUCAAUGAUGAGGAAAAGGAGAUUCUUCGAACAAAAGUUUCAGUGUUCAUGCACAAAUUAAAUAUUCCUUCUCUAUCAGAGGUUGUAACUCGUGAAGCAAUAUAUGAUGGUUCAACAGACUCUAGCUUUGUAGCUUCAGUGGUCAACUGGGCCCUUCCAUAUGCUCAACGCUAUAUUUAUAGUGUUCAUCCAGACAAGUAUUUGCAGCUCAGCCAGUCCAGAUUUCGCAACUUGAAAUACCUACAGAUUGUUGUUGUAGAAAAGUUGUUCUUCAGGAAUGUUAUAAAAAGCUCUCAAAUAGCAUCGAAGAAACGGUUUGAAUGCAGUUGUCUGCUAGAGGGAAACAUCUUGUAUGCCACUCAAGAAUCAGAUUCUCACUCAAUAUUCAUGGAGAUUUCUCGUCUGUUUUCUUCUGGAACUCCCGACUUGCACUUGGCAAACUUUCUUCAUAUGAUCACAACUAUGGCAGAAUCAGGUUCCAAUGAGGAGCAAACUGAGUUUUUCAUUUUGAAUAGCCAGAAAAUGCCUAAGCUUCCUGCAGGAGAAUCUGUUUGGUCACUUGGAAAUGUUCCGUUGUCAACAGAUAGUGAGACAGGGAUGAUGAGCUCUUCUAGAACAAUUGAUGAGAAAAACCCUGUGAAAAUCAAGAAGAGACCAGGAAUCAUCUCAAACUGGCCACCUACAGACUGGAAAACCGCUCCUGGUUUUCGACGCUCUAGUGUGUGUGUUGCGAAGUCAGAGGCAGCACGUGGCAUACAAUCGAAAGAGGAGACAGUGGAAGAAAUUGUAAUCAUAACAUGUGAGCUGCCUCCAACUGAGAUGACUUGUGUGGAGAAUGUGGACAACGGUCCAGCAGCAGAUGCAGUUGUAGUAGGAUGUAAUGUGCUCGUACCUGGUACUAUGAAGGAGGCAUUCGAUUCUUCUCAUCCCAUGACUGAACCACAAGACGUGAAUUAUAGUUCAUCUGAUGUGACAGAAAGAGAUCAGCUGUAUGUAGGCACAACUGAUGCUCAAUGGGAAACUGGCAGGCUUGGAGAAUUUUUUGCUUUCAAGUACUUCUCGGAGAAACUCGGUGAGCCUCUUGUGAAAUGGGUCAAUGAAACCAACGAAACGGGGCUUCCCUAUGACCUUGUUGUGGGAGAUGACGAAUACAUAGAAGUAAAGGCAACUAGAUUGAUGGGAAAGGAUUGGUUCCAUAUUAGCUCGAGGGAAUGGCAGUUUGCAGUUAAGAAAGGUGAAUCUUUUAGCGUUGCCCAUGUUGUAUUAUUGCCCAAUAAUUCAGCAGCAGUGACGGUAUACAAAAACCCAUUCAGACUUUGUCAGCUUGGUAAACUUCAGUUAGCUCUCACAAUAUCCAAGUCAUGAUACUUUUUAAGAUGUACAUUAGAAUGAUACACUAAUUUCUGUUACUUCAUACAAUCAUACAAGAACUCAAUCAACUGGACUAAAGUUUUAGCAGAUGAUAGAGAAUAAGAAAUUGUCCAGGCUGCAUCAUUCAGCCGCCGGCUGAGCUGCACAUCAUUUUCAAAGUGCUUUAUUUAAGAAUUUACGGUAAAUAUUGACCUAACAUUGUUGGGGAAGCUUGAGCUGGAUUGCAGUUUCACCUUGGGGAGCCAGUAAUUUCAGCUAAGUGCUUCACUUUAUACUGUAAGUCUCAUUUUAGAAAUGACAACAAUAUAUGUAUAUGGAGAUGUUCCUUGUAUUUGUUUUCUUAAAUACUAUAUCAUUGUUGAUUCAAGUAAAAUUUGUAUACUAGAAGGUUGAUAGCAAA